AUGACACCCGAAGCAGAUCCAGGCCAUCGCCAAGGCAGAAUUCGCGCAAGACAGGCGUGUCUGCAUUGCAACCGACGUCGCAUCCGCUGCAAUGUGUUGGAGAAGCGUCCUUGCGAGAACUGCGUCGCGAUGAACGUACCCUGCGAAGUAGGGGUCUCGAAGAGAGGAAAGUACCCGCGCAAGAAAAAUAACAGUAAAACCCACCGGCCCACUACCCCGAGGAGUGCCAGCCAUCCGAUCUCUCCGCCUGUUCUCACCGACUCCACCGUCUCUUCGGCUUCCCGAACUGAAGAGUCCCUGCUCACAGAGUCCAAUGUCUCCAGCACUUCGCUGCAGGCUAAGCAUUGGCUCCCGCAUGGCCUUGUGAAUGGCCCGCGUGCUCCGUGGAUCUCCCCAGGGGACUCGACCUGUGUGUUCCUUGGGGAGUCGAGUCCGCUGACCUGUGUGAUUGAUGAGGGUCGUCGCUCGCCUCAUAAGGGUUCCAGCAAUGUGAUGCAGAAGACGCGUCUGCAUUACCCGAUCCCUGAGAGACUGGAGACGAACAGUGCGCGGGUGGAGGAGCUUCGCGCACACAAAGCUAAGCUGGAGACGCAGCUGCAGGCAGAUGGUGCUUUUUCUUAUCCCCCGACAGAGACGCUCGAGACUCUAUUACGUGCUUACUUCACCUGGUUUCAUCCUUGCUUUCCCAUCCUCGAUCGCACGACAGUUCAGCAGUCGUAUGCUGAGGGGAAUAUCUCGCCACUUCUGUUGCAGGCCAUGCUUUUUAUCGGAGUGAGUCUGUGUACGGAUGCUGAAUUUGCACGGACAGGGUUUGAAAUCCGCUACCGAGCGAAGUUUCUGUUUUACAGUCGAGCAAAGGCAAUUUAUGAUGCGGGUUGGGAGUCAAACAAAACGGUCAAAUUACAAUCGCUUUUCCUGUUGAGCUACUGGCGUGGAGGCCCUUCCGAGGAGCAGGACACGCGGUUCUGGCUCGGAGUGGCUAUCAGCUUGGCUCAGAAACGUGGAAUGCAUAUGAUGUCCAAGCUUUCUUUUGGUUCACCACGGGAAGAAAAGUUAUGGAAGCGGAUAUGGUGGGCAUUAUAUAUCCGCGACCAGCAGAGUGCCUCCGCCCUUGGCUUGCCCGCCCGGAUUCGCGACGAAGACUGCGACGUGGUUAUGCUUGACACCAGCGACAUCCGAGAAGACGAGAUUGUGGAAAACCCUGACGUGUUUGGCACACAGAACGUGGAAGAUGUGCCGUAUCCAGUAGAAAUGGCUCGACUGGCUAGGAUAUUGCGCACAAUUGUCUCAACGCAAUACUUGCCAAUUCAAGCAUCCGUCGAUACGUCUCUAAGACAAGAGCUUCAACAGCAGCUUUCGGAGUGGGAAUCGAACAUACCAUCUGUUCUCAAGUUGGGGAACACUGCUAGCCCCAGGGCUAUAUUCUUGACGGGGUUAUUGCAUACGACACAUAACUACCUUUAUGUUCUGCUCUACCGAUCAUUAUUCCUUCAUCCUUCUAACUCGGCCAUGGACGAAUUAGGCCAAAUCGCACUUAACGCUGCCACGAAGACAACAAGAAUAAUAGAGGACAUGCUAUCCCACAACCUUGUUCAACACGGCGUAACACAUCUGAUCACCCACUCAUUCUCAGCCUUGUGCAUUCAUACUAUUCACUGCCGACGAACAACAGGCACAGCCCGCAAGUUAGCAGAGCACCGCGCAAGAUUAUGUCUGCUGGGGCUGCAGGAACUGCAAAAGACCUGGGACUUGGAGAACUGGGUCCUCGAUCUUUUCUUUCGCUGUUUGGACGAUUGCACGGCCCGUACGCUCCGACUGACUGAUAAUGUCAAUCCAACGGCCCACUCACAGGCGACCAAGACUCAUGAAAACGGGGAGGGUGAAGAUCAUAAUCAACAAGGCCCUUGUAUCCCGAAUAAUACGAUGACACCCAAUACACAUGAUCCUACGCUCGCACCGGACCUUCAAACUUCGCCAUAUGUCCCCGCUGAAGACCUUGCUGCACCGACAGACUGGUACGGCUUGUUCAAUUUUACGGACGAUUUCGCGGACGUUCUGGGAACACCGCAGUCACAGGAAUCUCUUAACGUACAGAAUCUUCAGUUCUUAUAUCGGUUUCUAUAA